AUGUCUGGAUACGGACAAGGAGGAGGAUACCCACAAGGGUAUCCACAACAGCAACAAGGAGGAUAUCCACAACAACAAGGAGGAUUUCCUAUUCCUCAACAACAGGGAGGAUAUCCUCCUCAACCUCAGCCAUACCUAAAUUCAUCAUCAUCGUCUCAAACGAGUUCAGAACAAGUAAUAAAUAUUGAACCACCAGAACAUGUGAAAGAAAAACAUUAUGGUUCAGCUCCAAAAGUGCAACCACGUCGUUAUAAAACUCAACAGGUUAAAUUAUAUGAAGGGAAUUUCGUCAUCGAAUGUCCUGUACCUUCCAAGUUAUUGUCUUUAAUUCCUGAAAAAAGCGGUAGAGAAUUUACUCAUGUUAGAUAUACCGCUUGUACGUGUGACCCUAAUGAAUUUAAAGAAAACAAAUACACUCUUAGACAAGAACUUGUUGAACCUCGAAGACAAACCGAAUUAUUUAUUGUAACUACAAUGUAUAAUGAAGAUGAAAAAUUAUUCGCACGUACGUUUCAAGGAGUAGUAAAAAAUAUUCAUAGAUUAUGUAAGCGAGAAAGAUCACGAAUAUGGGGAAAGGAUGGAUGGAAAAAGGUGGUUGUAUGCAUUGUCUCGGAUGGACGUAAUAAGAUUAAUAAACGCACGCAAGAUUAUUUGGCGGCUAUAGGUGUAUAUCAAAGUGGACUUGCAAAAGAAAAAGUUUUUGACGAAGAUGUGACUGCACAUAUCUUCGAAUAUACGACGCAACUUUGUCUUGAUCCUGAUAUGAAGCUAGUAGGUUCCGAAUAUGAGUACACUCCAAUUCAAAUAUUAUUUUGUCUCAAAGAAAAGAACCAAAAGAAGAUUAAUUCUCAUAGAUGGUUUUUUAAUGCUUUUGGUAGAAUUUUACGUCCAAAUGUUUGUGUUUUAUUGGAUGUUGGUACUAGACCUGGUGGAAGUUCGAUUUAUCAUUUAUGGAAAGCUUUUGAUAAGAAUCCUUAUAUUGGAGGUGCUUGUGGUGAAAUUGUUGCUAUGAAAGGGAAAGGUGGAAAAUAUUUAUUAAAUCCUCUUGUAGCUUCUCAAAAUUUUGAAUAUAAGAUGUCAAAUAUCCUAGAUAAACCUUUAGAAUCAGUGUUCGGGUAUAUUACUGUAUUACCUGGUGCCUUUUCUGCUUAUCGUUAUGUCGCAUUGGAAAAUUCAAUUGAUCCAGUCACGAAUGAAGAAGUUGGUCCAUUAGCUUCUUAUUUUAUGGGUGAAAGACACCACGGAGGUGGUCCACCAAAAAAGAAAAAAAUAAGCAAUGGUAAUGAAAAGCCUGAAGAAGAAGCAGAAAAGGACGAAAUAAAGACUGGCUUGUUCACAGCAAAUAUGUAUUUGGCAGAAGAUCGUAUUCUUUGUUUUGAAUUAGUUUCAAAACGAAAGAGUUCUUGGUUAUUACAUUAUGUCAAAUCAGCUUAUGCUGAAACUGAUGUGCCUGACACUUUUACCGAAUUGAUUUCUCAACGUCGUCGUUGGUUAAAUGGAAGUUUCUUUGCUGGAGUCUUUGCUAUUUGCCAUACUUUUAAUAUUUGGAGAAGUGAUCAUACAACUUGGAGAAAAACUUUAUUAGCAAUUGAAAUGUUUUAUCAGAGUUUUACUCUACUCUUCUCUUGGUUCGCCUUGGGAAAUUUCUACUUGACUUUUUAUAUUUUGGGAAAAUCACUUACACAAGAAGAAGUUAUUAUAGGUCUUUGGUCACCUCAAACUGGAGCUAUAAUAUUUAAUUUGAUAAAUUAUCUUUACGUGGCAUUAAUGAUUUUACAAUUCGCAUUAGCUUUGGGUAAUAAACCACGAAGUGCAAAAUGGGCAUAUGUAUUAUCUACAUAUUUUUUUGCAGGUUUAAUGAUUUAUAUGUUGUUUGCGGCAGGAUGGUUAACUUAUAAAGGAGUUAGUAUGGCUUUAGGAAAUUUGGGACCACUUGACGCAAAUCUAGCAAGUUUAUACAAAGCUUUUGGGGACUUUACGAUUAAAAAUGUUAUAAUUUCAUUAAUAAGUACUUAUGGGUUAUACCUGAUCGCUAGUUUCUUGUUCUUUGAACCUUAUCAUAUGUUUCAUAGUAGUGUACAAUAUAUGAUGCUAGUACCUUUUUAUCUUAAUGUCUUAAAUGUUUAUGCUUUUUGUAAUAUUCAUGAUGUUAGUUGGGGAACGAAAGGAGAUACCAAGGCAGAAAAACUUGGCACUGUAUCCAAAAAACAGGAUUCAACAGCCGAGGUAGAUUUACCAGAAGAUAUUAAUGAAGAAUAUGAACGAGUUCAAUCAGCAUUGUCGGUUCCUAAAAGACAACCUCCAAAAGAUAAAAAAAAUAUUUCCGUGGAGGAAAAAGAAGAAUUGCGAGAAGAAUCAAAUGCAAUGUUUAGAACUUAUGUUGUAUUCUUUUGGAUAAUUUCAAAUGGAAUUUUAAUUGGAGCUAUAACGGAAGUUAGCCCUGUUUUAGCCGAUUUUAGUGAUAAUACAAAAAGGACUAACACGUAUUUCGCUUUUAUCCUUUGGAGCGUCGCAGGUUUAGCUGGUGUCAGAUUCAUUGGUAGUUGCAUUUAUUUAAUACUUAGAUUAUUCACAGAGAAUUUAUUCGAUGGACUUAUUAAAUAA